UGCAGUGCGGGUGCAGUGCGGGUGCAGUGCGGGUGCAGUGCGGUGCAGACCGGUCCUGGCCAUGGGCGGCGGGCGUGGAGGCGCGGCGGGGUUGGACCUGCAGGUCCUGGACCGACACCUCUCACGGCACCUGCCGGGCUUCGCGCUCCCCCCUGCGCCGCCGCUCACCGUCUCCCGAUACAGAUCAGGACAGUCAAAUCCAACUUUCUACUUGAAAAAGGGACCGAAAGCCUAUGUACUAAGAAAAAAGCCACAUGGCUCUCUCCUUCCUAAAGCACACAAGAUUGAUAGAGAAUUCCGUGUGCUGAAAACCUUAUUUUCAAAUGGAUUCCCAGUUCCUAAGCCCUUACUGUACUGUGAUGAUGCUUCUGUGAUUGGAACGGAAUUUUAUGUGAUGGAACAUGUACAGGGUCGUAUCUUUCGUGAUUUCACAGUACCUGGCAUUACUCCAGCAGAACGUUCAGCUUUGUUUGUGGCUGCGGUAGAAACUCUGGCACAGCUACAUUCAUUGAAUUUAAAGACAUUGGAUCUGGAAGGAUAUGGUAGAGGAAUAGGGUACUGCAAGAGACAGGUAUCAACUUGGACAGAGCAAUAUCGUGCAACUGCUCACCAGGACAUUCCUGCUAUGAAUCAGUUGUCUGCCUGGUUAAUGAAAAACUUGCCAGCUAAUGACAAUGAAGAAAAUUUGAUUCAUGGAGACUUCAAACUAGAUAACAUAAUUUUUCAUCCAAAAGAGGCUCGUGUUGUGGCAGUUCUAGACUGGGAACUUUCAACGAUUGGUCAUCCUUUAUCAGAUUUAGCAUACCUGUGCCUGUUCUACUUCUGGCCCAAGACAAUUCCAGUUUUAGUUGCUAAGAAUAUGCUUUCUUAUGAAGAUACUGUAGGAAUACCAUCAGUUGAAGAACUGAUUUCAAUUUAUUGCCGCUGUCGGGACAUUAGCCCUACGCUUCCCAACUGGAAUUUCUUUCUCGCUCUUUCAUAUUUUAAAAUGGCUGGAAUAGCACAGGGAGUGUAUGAUAGAUCCAUUCGUGGAAAUUCUUCAGGUGAAAAUAGUUGUCUGUUUGACAGUGUCGUGAAACCCCUGGCAGAAAUUGGAUUACAACUCUCACAAAAAACCUUCAGUACUUCAGUACCACCGACCCACACUACAGAAGGAUUGUUCCCACGGACUAAAAGAGGUAAAGAAAUUCUGAUGAAGGUGAAACAGUUCAUGAAAAAACACAUAUUACCAGCUGAAAAGGAGGUAAUGGAGUUCUACACCUGCAACGAAAAUUCUCUGGACAAGUGGGAACAACCUUUUGUGAUCGAUAAGCUCAAGGAAAUGGCUAAAGCAGAGGGUCUCUGGAACCUCUUCUUGCCAGCCAUAAGUGGCCUCAGCCAACUGGACUAUGCCCUGAUUGCAGAAGAAACCGGAAAAUGUUUUUUUGCGGCAGAUAUCUUCAACUGCCAAGCACCAGACACCGGAAACAUGGAGGUACUCCACUUGUAUGGAAGUGAGGAGCAAAAGAAACAGUGGCUUGAGCCUCUCCUUCAAGGAACUAUUAGGUCCUGCUUCUGCAUGACUGAACCCGAUGUUGCCUCAAGUGACGCUACCAAUAUGGAAUGUAGCAUUGAACGAGAUGGGGAUGGCUACGUGAUUGAUGGCAAAAAGUGGUGGAGCAGUGGGGCUGGAAAUCCAAAAUGCAAAGUAGCGAUUGUCAUGGGGAGAAAUAAAAAUUCUUCCUCAUCUAGACACCAACAGCACAGCAUGAUUCUUGUUCCUUUAAGCACAUCUGGAGUGAAACUGAUAAGACCACUGUCAGUUUUUGGAUAUUUGGAUAAUAUUCACGGAGGCCAUUUUGAGAUACAUUUCAACAAAGUGCGAGUCCCUGCCUCCAAUUUAAUAUUAGGCGAAGGAAGGGGAUUUGAAAUUGCUCAAGGCCGACUUGGGCCAGGUCGUAUUCAUCACUGUAUGAGAUCAAUAGGCUUGGCUGAACGGGCUUUGCAGAUCAUGUGUGAGCGGGCUGCUCAAAGAGUCACUUUUAAGAAGAAACUGCAUGCUCACGAGGUUAUCGCACACUGGAUUGCCGAAAGUCGCAUUGCAAUUGAAGAAGUGAGACUGUUGACCUUGAAAGCGGCCCACAGCAUCGACACCAUUGGCAGUGCUCAAGCAAAGAAAGAGAUUGCAAUGAUCAAAGUGGCUGCACCCCGAGCUGUUUGUGAAGUCCUUGACAAGGCGAUUCAAGUUUGUGGAGGAGCUGGACUUUCCCAGGAUUUCCCACUAGCCAACAUGUAUGCUAUAGUGCGCUCUCUGCGCAUAGCUGACGGUCCUGAUGAAGUCCACCUCUCAGCAAUUGCAGCAAUGGAGUUGCGUGAUCAAGCCAAGCAGCUAGUUGCAAAAAUGUAGAGCAGAUUAGCUCAGGUAUUACCGUCUAAUAACUAGGUAGGACAAACUUAACAAUUAUGGCAGAUGUUUGAGCCUGUGAUUUUUUUUUUUAAGUGAUGGUGAUAUUGUAAGAGUUAGAGAUUUUCUAGAAUCAUGGAUGUUAGUAAAUACAAAAAGAUAAUCCAAAUUCGGCUUUUGAAUAUUAUGCAAAACGUGACAGUAACCGAUUGCCAACACAGCUCUGGAUGUUGGUGCUGAUUGUAAUGUUUUUGAAUAAGUGGUUCUUGUAGUUCAAGGGCAAUUUAAAAGUUGUGAACUGUCUGCAGCAAGCAAAUGUCUAGAAUGACAGGCUUAUAUUUUUCUUUUAUACUUCUUAAACUUUUAAUUCCAACAAGUAGAUCCAGUAGUAAAUACAUGCGGAAGGAAAUUGUAUUUACUUGGAUUUCAAGAUCAGGGCUAAGAGUAAGAAUUAUGAUGGUUUUGACUGCCUGGAAAUUAUCGGAUUUUGUAAGAGAUUUUAAUGAAGGUCAGCAUGUAAUUUUAAACCUCCUAGAAGAGUUUAACAAAUCGAGGGACAAAAUUGAUCCUGCCAUUUUUCAUUACCACCUCCUUUGACAUAUAAUUUUACUUGGUAGCAUAAGUACUUUUUAGAUAUUUUCUAGCCUGUCACGUCUACAGAUGACUGACUGGCGGGGAAGGAGUGGUGUAUGUAAAAAGUCAAUUUUAACCAACUCUGUCUUCUCUGGAGGAAACUCGUUAACAGUACAAUUGUAAAGGAAGAUUAUUGUUCUCUGAGUGUUUGACAGAUGAAGAUAUCACUGGAAGCUCUGAAAUGCAAUGGAAAUGAUGGUUUCUAAAUAAAAUAAUUUUCAUUCAUUUUGUUUGA